AUGUCUAUCCCCGGCUUGGGCCACCUCGUGGCUCCACAACCGACGUCCGCCAACCAAACCCGCACGAUCCGCCUCCAGCCCUUCUGGGAAUGGCGUUUCGAGGUCGCCUUUGACACCCACAUCAAAUUGAAGCUCCUUUCGGGCACCGCCGAAAAGGAUGGCACCGAGCUCGCCCUGCAGCACGCCUACACUUUUGGCGGCGUCAAGUCCAAGAUCCUCACCCUCCAGGGCUGCGAGCUCGAGGUUGAAGGCAGCCUCACCACCGAUUCCCUCGCCGAGUACGCCAAACCACAAGACUCGCCCGCCAACGCCACCCUGAACCUGCACUUCCAGCUCACCGCCAUGCGUCAGCGUGCUGCCGCCGAGAGGAGAGAGGGCCCACGCAUCGCCAUCUGUGGACCGCCUUCAACGGGCAAGACGAGCCUGGUUCGCACCCUGACGAGCUACGCCACGAGAGUUGGGGCACAGCCGUUGGUCGUCAAUACGGACCCCAAAGAGGGCAUGCUGAGCUUGCCAGGUACCCUAAGCGCGAGCGUCAUCGGCACCAUACUCGACGUCGAGGCCGUCGACGGCUGGGGCACGACCCCGACGAGCGGGCCGAGCCAGGUGCCCGUCAAGCUGCCGCUAGUCUACUACUACGGCCACGCCAGCGCCGAGGAGGACCAGAAGAAGUACCAGGAGCUCGUGAGUAAGAUGGCGGCAACGGUGACGUCGAGGCUGGGGAAAGAUGCCGAGGUGAAGAGCUCUGGCAUGAUCAUCGAUACCCCGGCCGUGAGCGAGAACAGCGUCAACGGCAUGGAUAUUCUUGCCCACAUUGUAGACGAGCUUUCAGUAAACAUCAUCAUCGUGUUGGGCUCGUCACAUCUCAACGCGGAGCUGAUCAAGCGGUUCUCGACAGAGAGGACCAGCCUCGGAGAGCCAUACAGCAUCCUCCUGUUGGACAAGUCGGAUGGCGUAGUCGAGCGCGAUGUGGGAUUCAUGCAGCAGGCAUGCGAGGCUUCCAUUAAGGAGUACUUCUUCGGCAGCAUCGGUCAGACCCUCAGCCCCGCCACGCAACAGGUCGACUUUGACAGUCUGGCAAUCUUCAGAAUAGGCGAUUACUCGAUGUACGGAAACGCUGAUGGCGGCCUUAUGCGGGUCGACCCAGCUCAGCUUAUGGCUCAUUGGACCCUCGCCAUCGUGUACGCCUCGGUCAAGGACUCGCCAGAGGCUAUCAGGGCGGCCAACGUGAUGGGCUAUGUGUACGUAGCGGACAUCGACAAGGAGAAGCGCAAGCUGAGGAUCUUGGCGCCAGUGAGCGGGAGGCUCGGGGACCGGCCGCUGCUGAUGGGCAAGUGGCCGGAGCCUUUCAUCAACCUUUUGGGAUAA